GGUGGCUACGAUUCAAUUUAAAAAUUUGAAAAAAUUCAAUUUCAUAACAUAAUUAGCAUACUAUUUUAAUGUUUCAAUGCAAUAGGUAAUUAUGAGUCACAAUUUUAUUGUAGUCAAGCAUACUAUGCAUAAUUAUUUUUUAUUCAAAGACAUAAGGAUGUAAACAUGCAUACGUUUCCCCCAAAAUAAUAAUGAUUUUAAUCCGAGAGUAAAUAUGUACCUAUAUAAAGAAAAACUAGUCUGAAUAAGAGCAAUUUCCAGCAUAGCGUUACUAUUCAGUUGCGCGUGAAACAACCUGUUAGUCACUUCAAUCCUCUAUCGUUAAAAAUGAGGCUACAGAAUACAAAAAAUACAUGUUUAUAAAAUUGUGAUAAAAUUAUGUUCGUAAGUGUUAAUAUUUAAUCAGUAUUACUUUUUUAGAAUAUUUAGUUGAAUGACAUUGCCGCAUUUGUACUAGCAAGAAAAAUAUUUUCUGACCGUCCUGACGAGUAUUUGAGUAUCUCUUUUUAAAUAAGGGUUUUUAUAAUGUCAAUUGGCACUUAAAUGUAGUAACAAUGAAAUAUUAUUAUAUUUCAUGUAUAUGAUAUUAUCAUAUUCUACAAAAUGUAAUGGAGAUGUUGCAUUGAAACCAAAAAAGCAUUCUAGUUAUACCCGUGUAAUGCCCAGUGUCAAAAUUGUUGUACUAUUAGUUAUUUUUCGAAAUUUCAUUCGUCAUGGAAAUAUUUUUUCGAAAAACUGUUGUGAAUUAAAGUGUUUUAGUUCUAAAAACGUCAAUUACAAAAUUUCAAUCCCUUCGCCUGAAGAGUUUACUAUGAUAUUGUGGAGUUGGCUAACGUUUUUGAUAUUUUUCUGUGCACUCAUGAAACCAGUCAGUAACAUAGAAUGGUUAGGUAUGCGAAAGGCGAAAUUAGACUGGAACAAUACAAGUGUCUGUCGAACAUUGCGAAAGGAUUACGGUUUGGAUUCACGUCAAACGCGUAUUUGCAAAACAUGGCGUCCGGUCAUGCAACAAAUAUCCAAAGCAGCAACAUUAGCUGUUGCCGCUUGCCAAGCUGUUUUACAAAACAGGCGGUGGAAUUGUUCAUCCGUCAAAGCUGCUCCAAGAUUGACACCCGAGCUGAUUAAAGGAACCAAAGAGCAGUCAUUAGUGUAUGCUUUGGGCGCAGCAGCUAUGACUUACACAAUAACUAAAGAUUGCGCAACGGGUGCAAUACCUAAUUGCGGAUGCGGUACACAUCCAGAAGCUACAGAUGGAACAUUUAAAUGGAGUGGAUGUGACGAAAAUGUUCGAUGGGGUUCAAAGUUUUCAAGACAGUUUACGAAAAGCGAAUACUCAUUCAUUAAAAAAAUCAAUAGUUCUUACAGUAAAAACGACAUUGAUUUGUCGCCAAAUUCAAAUGAUGAAACGGUUCGUCGCGAGCUAAAAGCUUUGAAUAUUAUCAAUGAACAUAAUUAUAAAAUCGGAAGAAAAAUGGUUAUGUCUAGUAUGAGAACUCAUUGUAAGUGUCAUGGAAUGUCUGGAUCGUGCAAUAUUAAGACGUGCUGGAGAGGUUUACCAAAUAAAUUUAUCGGAGUGGGACUCAAGUUAUUGAAACAUUAUAAUAAGAUGACAGUGAAAGUUGAAGUUAGUCAAGUAGCCCGAACAGGGUUACCAGAACAAACGAGAAAUUCAUUAGUAUACGUAACGGAUUCCUCAGAUUAUUGUAACCAUGAUUUGAAGAAAGGCAGCGUUGGAACUUUGGGCAGAAAAUGUAAUGCAACAUCAGCUGGUUCUGAAAAUUGUUUCAUUAUGUGUUGUGGCAGAGGCUAUACCACACAAGUAAUAGAACAAAUAGAACAUUGCAACUGUAAAUAUCACUAUUGCUGUUAUGUAAAAUGUCAAUCUUGUAAAAAUCUUGUAAAAUGUCAAGUUUGUAACUGAUUAAUUUAUAAAAAUAAUUCGAAAUUAUACU